AUGAGAAUCCCCAAAUCCACAGCACUCUGUCUUCUCAUCGCCAGGACGGUGAGCUAUGCUCAAGAGCUCUCUCAAGACACCAUAUCCACCGACGAGCUUCCUGCCCUUUGCUCAGUACUCUGUCUACCGCUCAAACUCGUCUUCCCGAACUGUGAUACGCUCUGCCAGACAUGCGAGAAGCCCAAGAUGUUUUGCAAGACUCGGGAGACGGCCGAGUGUGUCGAUACGUCCACUGACUGCGGCGAAAAGGAAAGCUGCUGUACUUCGAAGUGCGUCCCCGAGAACAACUUUCAGGCCGAUGUCAACAAUUGUGGCAAAUGCGGCGUCAGGUGCGGCAAGGGCACGACGUGCUGCAACUCCGAGUGCCUGCCCAACGACACAUUUCAGAGCGAUCCCGUGAACUGCAGCAAAUGCGGAAACAAGUGCCCUGAAACCUUCAACUGCCACUCAGGCCACUGCCUCGAACCACACACCUGCAAAGCAGGCGUUUCCCUUCUCGAAAGCUGUCAAGACCCCAUCGUCAGCGGAUCAGGCUGCGGUGCUGGCGAAGACGAAUUGUGCGACUGCAUGGAGUCUGUUGAAGGCGAUCCGUUUUGCGGCGCGUUCGAUGGGCAGUUUUGUCAGGACAUGUGCAAUUCUGAUAAUGAUUGCCAGAAUAGCAAGGGGAAGAAGUGUGCGAGAAGAGACAAGACUUGUUGCUCGGCGGUGGCUACUGAUGACAAGAGCCACAAAACGUUCAAGGUCAUCCACUCAUACACAUACACAACUACAUACACCCACGCAACUGCAACCAUGAAGCUGCCAAUUACCCUCGCCAUUCUUCUCGCCCCCAUGGCAGUCUUCGCCAAACCCCCCAAACGUACCAGCGCACGCCACGUCAGAAUCGACAGACUCCCCACUUGCAUCCAAUACUGCAUUGGAGAAACACAAUGGCGCAUCAAAGGCGCCACGCUCCCAAAGCUCGCCGGCGAAUGGUGCGCGAAAACCGCCGCACACACGCCGGACUGGAUCAGCUUCGGCAAAGCUUUGGACGAUUGCAAGAAGCACCAGUGCGAUAACAGCAUCCAGUGGAUCGACCUCGCCGUCUGGCACUGGGACAUGUGCGAGUGGAGCGAUGUCAAGGAGGAGGGCAUGAACUUGCUCAAUGGCUAUCGCAAGGCGUACUGGUUGCCUAAUGAUCGUCAACCUAUUCGACCUCCUCAUUCGAGAAACUGGAUCUCGGAUGAGACGUUUGAGGCUCCCGAUGAGUGGAAUGAGAAUAAUGGAAUUGGAGAUGACAUUCCGGAAGAUCAACCUCCGCUCCACGGCUGA